AUGUAUCUACGUGACGCAUGUUUUGAGCUGAAGACUGGUGGUAUGCAUUAUGACUUACUUAAACUAGUUUCAGAAUGGCUACACAUGUCCGAUUCCUAUGUUGUGUCACUUAGCAAAUCUGUUCGUAUUUCACACCCACUUCGAAUUAUUGACCGUAUAGUGAACACUACUUUUGUUGGUGAUAUCAACUACUAUGCCGUUGCAGCGAUAGGUGAAAUACGAUUUACAACUUCCGACUUUGCUAGUAAAAAGGUUAGUGAUGAUUCUUCGAUCGUCUUCAAAGCUGGUUCAGAAGAAAAUUUCGGUCGAAUUCGUCGAAUUUUCACAGUCAACGAUGGCGAUCCUAUAUUUUACGUCGACGUGCUCACUAAACCGAACGCGUUUCAGUGCACAACAGGAUCACAAACAUAUUAUUAUUCUAAUAUUCAAACUGGAACUUUGAACGAAGACGCCGACAACGCAUUUAUAUGUGCGUCUGAUAUAGUUUCCUAA